AUGGGAUCAGGAGCAUCUAAACAGGGAAGGAAGCUCACCAAGGUAGUGUCAAAUACAACUGCUUCCAAUAUAACCAGAACACCCAAUGUCAAACAAUUACCAUCACAGACACUAAAAGAAAAAUUUGAACAACAUCAACAAGAACAUGCCGUAGGUGAUGAACAACCGUUACAGCAAGAACAAUCGACCUCCACAUCUACAUCUACUUUCAGACCAGAUUCACCAACCAGUUUUGAUCCAAAAUUUUUGAAAGAUAAACUUAAGUCGAACGAUGAUUCUCGUAAGACACCAGAAGGAAAAGACGGUGGCGAUCCUCACGAACAAGGAACAUCUACUUAUGAUAACUCAUUUCUUAGUUCAAUAAAUAAACUAGGAAGUCAAAUUAAAACUAUUGAAUUGAAUCCUGCAAGGGAUAGAAAUGCAAUAGCAUUAAGACAAUUGAGAUCAAGAAAGAAAUUAUACGAUAUAGGAGAACAACAAGUUAAAAAUCAAAUGGAACAACAUGAUUCACUGCAACCCAUUCAGAAUACUAUGAUUCACCCACAAACAUUAAGUGCUAUUUUAAGAGACUUGAAAGAUGAACGUGUUACCAAUGAAAGGAUAAUUGAAGAUUAUCAAUUACAUCCAGAUUUCUUGAAAAAAUUGGGUACAAAUAUCAGACUUCCAAUUACCACUGUGGUUCUUGAAGAUGAUGUUAAAGAAGAUCAAGUUGGUCACACCAAAGUUCCACCUCAAAAACGUCGUGAUAUCAGUGAAAUGCAAGACGGCGAUAAGAGCAUGCCUAAUGAUGAGUUUGACAAAUUGAAGAAAAGAAUCAGUAUAGAUGAUUGA